GACGCUGUGUCCGCAGCGCAGGGCCCGCCGGCGGGCGUGCAGAGCUGACAGCCUUCACUGCAAGGGAUGAGACAGGACAGGUCAGCAGCAGCAGGGGCAGGCCAGCCCUCCUCAUCAGCAGCACGAGCUGGACAGAGGAUGAAGACUUCUCAGUGCUUUUAAAAGCUUUAGAAGGUUAUGAGCAAUACAUCAAUGAGGGAGCUGAGCUUCCAUCUUUAGUCUGUGUCAUAACAGGUAAAGGUCCUCUGAAAGACUACUACAGCCAGCUGAUAAACACACUGCACUUCAGACACAUCCAGAUCUGCACACCGUGGCUGGAAGCUGAGGAUUACCCCCUUCUGCUGGGCUCUGCAGACCUGGGGGUGUGUCUGCACAAGUCCUCGAGUGGUUUGGAUUUGCCCAUGAAGGUGGUGGAUAUGUUUGGCUGCUGUUUACCUGUGUGUGCAAUCCAUUUUGAAUGUUUACAUGAACUGGUGAAACACGAUGAGAAUGGGCUGAUAUUUAGGGACUCCAAUGAGCUGGCAGAACAACUAAAGAUGCUUUUCUUGGGGUUUCCUACCCUGGAGGGCAAACUUCAGCACUUCAGGAGAACCCUUCGUGCCUCCAGGGAGCUGCGCUGGGACGAGAGCUGGGACCAGACUGUGCUCCCCUUGUUUGGGCAGAAGCACUGA